AUGCACUUUCGGAUCUUGCUCCUCUUGCAGGUGGCGGUGGCUGUUCGGGAUCAUGAGGUGGACUUGGAUCAGCUCUCGCUGGAUGAGUCGAUGGAUGAGCCAAAGUUGGACAAACUUUCGAAGGCGAUCUCGACUGUCGCGAAGGCCUUCAACCACGAGACGCCGGUCACGAUCACCUUCGCCGACGAGCCCCACAUCAACAUCGUCCAGUUCUUCAACACCACCUGGACGGCUGUUCCCAUGACCCAGAACAAAGGUGAUCUCGUCAUCGCAGGGGGAGUCUACAACAUCAUCAAGCUGCUUCGGUCCCGGAAUCUACUAAUUUCUUGCCCCGUCCUUUGGGCGCAACAUGGCUGGGAGGCCUACAUGUCCAUCACGCACCCGGCACAGAAGGCUAGCGCUGUUCUAACCGGCUUGGUGACCAAGGGACUCAUCGACGUGGCGAACAUUGGUCACCUGAAGGACGUCUUGGCAAAGAUGAUGGGUAUGACAGACUUCCAGUACCCAGCGAGCAUGCUCGCCGCCGGCGCGAAAAUCCUAGAAGCGGGGACCAGCGAGAUGGGAAUGUUGAACAGCAGCACCAUGCAUCACGCAGAGGCCGUGCGGUCGUCGGGAACCGAGGUAGACGACACAGCCGGACAGAACAGUACCAAGUUCCACCAGGUCGUUGACGCAGUCGCAGCUCUGCUGAGUGAAGUGAAGCUGCCUGAAGCGAAGCUGCAGGUGCUGAGGGCGAAGGACACGAAGCGUGUGGUGCGCCUCAUGCUUGGCGCAAAAUACACGGAGGAGGGCGCCUAUGACCUCCGCAUGAGGUGCAUGCAACCCGAUCCGCAGAAGAGCCCCUUUGUCUACAUCCCAAAUCCGAACGGGCCGAUCCCGUUGAAGACGCAGCUCCUGGCCGGAUUCAUCCUGGCGCUCUCAUGA